AUGGCGUCCAAGUUUCUGAGGGAGUACAAGUUGGUCGUCGUCGGCGGCGGUGGUGUCGGUAAAUCCUGCUUGACCAUCCAAUUGAUUCAGAGCCACUUUGUCGACGAAUAUGACCCGACGAUCGAAGAUUCCUACCGCAAGCAGUGCGUCAUCGACGAGGAGGUCGCUCUACUCGAUGUCCUCGACACGGCCGGUCAGGAGGAGUACUCCGCCAUGAGGGAGCAGUACAUGAGGACGGGAGAGGGUUUCCUUCUGGUUUACUCCAUCACUUCGCGACAGAGCUUCGAGGAGAUCACCACAUUCCAGCAGCAGAUUCUGAGAGUAAAGGACAAGGACUACUUCCCCAUGGUCGUCGUCGGCAACAAGUGCGAUCUGGAGAGCGAGAGAGAAGUCACACGACAAGAGGGAGAGGCCCUUGCCAAGUCAUUCGGCUGCAAGUUCAUCGAGACGUCGGCCAAGUCUCGCAUCAACGUCGACAAGGCUUUCUAUGAUAUUGUCCGAGAAAUCCGUCGGUACAACCGCGAGAUGCAGGGCUACUCUACCGGCAGUGGCGGCGCCUCGGGCAUCAACGGCCCCCCGAAGCCCAUGGACGUCGAGAACGGCGAGCAAGAGGCAGGCUGCUGCUCCAAGUGCGUACUAAUGUGA